UCUAUAUGGACUAACUAGCGGUGUAGGGAGGAGGGUCACGUGACCCUACGUUGCCUACCGGCGUGGGAGCCCAUCGGGGAUCCCAACAAGAUAUAUCGUUCUUACUGAAUGAAUAGUGUCCGAUUUACUUGGUGUGAGAGAAAGCUAUAUAAGGCCUAUGCCUCUUCUCAAUUAAUAGCGAACAGCCACUUCUGGAGAAGAAGAAAUACUGUACCGGAUUAUAGCCUAGGAUACAUUAUUCUCGACAUGUCGACGGUUUCCGUCAAACCACCAUUGACUCCUCCCCCCUCUAUCCCUCCUCAGCUUACCAUUCAACAUCCAUGCAGCUCAUUGAGAGAAUGCACGACUUUCCACCUACUUCCCGAAUCUUGGAAAAGACUAGAGAGGAUUGACCUAACGAAGAGCGCAUUACAGAAAUUGUGCAAAAGAAUUCUUCGUCGACGGUCCAGUUCCAGACAUCGCUGGCCGUUUCAACACGCUCCAGACUUCCUUCGUAGCUGUACACCAAGCUCUAUAAAACAUAUUAAGAAAUUUUUCCGACAGGGAGGACCCGAUCUAUCCGAUAUUCGAAAUGUAUGCUAAUUGAUCAAGUCCAUCUACAGAUCGAGAAUAACUUAAUUAUAGCAUCUUCCACCUAAAGGUUUUAAUGCCUACUCUCAUACCCCAGUCAAGUCUGGGUUUAAGAGAGAGUCG